AUGGCCUCUAAUGUAUCUGUUUUCCUAUGCUUUUUAAGUUUGUUUGCAACAAUUUUGUUGAGUUUUGGUCGAGUUUCGAGCCAAGCAUCGCCUGUUUUCGCCUGCGAUGUUGUCAAGAAUCCAGCAUUGGCGAAUUACGGGUUCUGUGACAAGUCUUUGGGAGUGAAUGCAAGGGUGAAAGACCUUGUGAGGAGGUUGACAUUGCAGGAGAAGGUUGGUAACCUUGUGAAUAAUGCUGCUAAUGUGAGCAGACUUGGGAUUCCGAAAUAUGAAUGGUGGUCUGAAGCACUUCAUGGAGUCUCUUACGUUGGUCCAGGAACUCGUUUUUCAAAUGUUGUUCCUGGAUCAACCAGUUUCCCUAUGCCUAUUUCCAUUGCAGCUUCUUUCAAUACAUCGUUGUUUCAAACCAUAGGAAAGGUGGUUUCAACAGAAGCUAGAGCAAUGUACAAUGUAGGGUUGGCUGGUUUAACAUAUUGGUCUCCAAACAUUAACAUAUUUAGGGAUCCAAGAUGGGGAAGAGGUCAAGAGACACCAGGGGAAGACCCUUUACUCGCUAGCAAAUACGCCGCAGGGUAUGUAAAAGGUCUGCAACAAACUGAUGAUGGAGAUUCCAAUAAGCUUAAGGUUGCAGCGUGUUGCAAACACUACACUGCCUAUGAUGUUGAUGACUGGAAAGGUGUUCAGCGUUACACCUUCAAUGCUGUGGUGACACAACAAGAUUUGGAUGAUACAUACCAACCACCUUUUAAGAGCUGUGUGAUUGAUGGAAAUGUUGCUAGUGUCAUGUGUUCUUAUAAUCAAGUCAAUGGAAAACCGACUUGUGCUGAUCCUGAUCUUCUUAAAGGAGUUAUCCGUGGAAAAUGGAAACUAAACGGAUAUAUAGUUUCUGAUUGUGACUCGGUAGACGUGCUUUUCAAAAAUCAGCACUACACUAAGACUCCUGAGGAAGCUGCAGCAAAAUCCAUUCUAGCAGGAUUGGAUUUGAACUGUGGAAGUUUUCUUGGCCGAUAUACAGAAGGUGCUGUCAAGCAAGGACUUAUACGCGAAGCAGCCAUUAACAAUGCUGUGUCCAACAAUUUCGCUACAUUAAUGCGUCUUGGUUUCUUCGAUGGUGAUCCUAGCAAGCAACUUUAUGGAAACCUUGGCCCAAAAGAUGUCUGCACUUUAGCAAACCAGGAGCUCGCCCGCGAAGCUGCAAGGCAAGGGAUUGUGUUACUUAAGAAUUGUCCAGGAUCAUUGCCUCUAAAUGCCAACGCCAUUAAAUCAUUGGCAGUUAUUGGGCCUAAUGCUAAUGCUACUCGGGCCAUGAUUGGAAACUAUGAAGGCGUUCCAUGCAAAUAUACAUCACCUUUGCAAGGCCUAUCGGCUUUAGUCCCUACGAGCUACGCUGCUGGCUGCCAUGAUGUUCAAUGCACCAAUGCUAUAUUAGAUGAUGCCAAAAGUAUUGCAGCCUCAGCAGAUGCAACUGUGAUUGUAGUCGGAGCGAAUCUUGCGAUAGAGGCAGAGAGUCAUGACAGAGUCAGCAUUCUACUUCCAGGACAGCAGCAACAGUUAGUUACUGAAGUUGCGAAUGCUGCAAAAGGACCUGUGAUUCUCGCUAUAAUGUCUGGAGGAGGCAUGGAUGUUUCAUUUGCUAAAACUAAUGAUAAAAUCACAAGCAUCUUGUGGGUUGGCUAUCCUGGAGAAGCUGGUGGAGCUGCCAUAGCCGAUGUUAUCUUUGGGUAUCAUAAUCCAAGUGGAAGACUACCUAUGACAUGGUAUCCACAAUCAUAUGUAGACAAAGUACCGAUGACGAAUAUGAACAUGAGGCCUGAUCCUGCUACAGGUUACCCCGGUAGAUCAUACAGAUUUUACAAAGAAUGCAAGUCACUUGAUGUCGCGGACGAGCAUUGCCAAAACUUGGCCUUUGAUAUUCACCUCAGGAUCAAGAACAAAGGAAAAAUGAGCAGUAGUCAAACAGUGUUACUAUUCUCUACCCCUCCAGCAGUGCACAAUGCACCACAGAAACACUUGGUGGCUUUUGAGAAAGUGCAGUUGACAGGAAAAUCAGAAGCAGUGAUCAGUUUCAAAGUAGAUGUUUGUAAAGAUUUGAGUGUGGUGGAUGAACUUGGUAACACAAAAGUGGCAUUAGGAGAACAUAUGCUUCAUGUAGGAGAUUUGAAGCAUUCUUUAGGUGUGAUGAUAUAA